AUGGUCAUAGCUUUCGUUAUCGUUUUCCCUACAGCAACAGAGGUGCCGCAGCAAUACGAUAUCCGGAAUGGAGAUCUAAUAUACUACAUGUUAUUUGGUGUUGUAAUCGUCCCUUUCCAAGUUAUGAUGGACAUUCUUAUGAACCAUGCUACUGAGCUAGCUCAUGGCGUGAAGAUCUACGACUAUAUGCUCUAUGCGAAAUGGAGAUGGCGCAAUAGAUUGACAAGGUGGCUCUUUGAUGAUCCUAGGUUCGACCAGAGCAUCGGAGAGCAGGUAUUGUGGAAGCCCAGGGAUAACGCUUCGGCCAAGGCCUUCGCGGACAGCAUCAAGCAUGGUAUCGAGCAGAAAGAAAUGCAGACUCGUGUGAAAGAAUUCAGGGAAAACUUUUUCCAACGUCAUAAAGAAUGGAUUCUGUCCAACGUUGGCCUCAUAUUCACACCGAGGCACAGUCGCCAGAGAUAUCGAGGGCAGCUGAGUGAGAUGUACCAGAAGUUGCUCAGUUUGGAGAGCCCUUUCGAGUAUCGCAUGCCUGAUGAAGACCUUCUCGCUGGUCGCACGCAGAAGGGGCUGCUAGGUAACAAAAACGGAGAAUUUCCCUCAGCUGAAGAUGGUGGAGAGAACGAUUAUGAAGUCCUCGGCGAUGCACUGAUUACUAUCGGCAAGAGACUCACAGAGGAUGACGAGAGCAGGGCUCGACGUGAAGAGGAGGAAGCCGUUGAUGAAGUUCGCCUCAAAUUGCCGCAGGGAGUGUCCAUGCUCGCCUGGGCGACUAUGGAAAGUUGGUACACAGUAGCCCGGCAGAGAUUGAAGGGCGGCGUUGCCUCUGUGCAGCUCGGACUGCCACCUGCAACACAGUGGAAGGGCCAUCCGGCUGAUGUUAUCGCUCAGAACGACGAGAUAGCAGAGCUCGAUCCUUAUCCUGACUGGCUGACGGCAAAUAUCACACAAACGUCGAAAGAAAUGCUGCUACGCUGGGCCAGAGAAGCUCGUUCUCGGUUAAGAGAUCGCCGUGGUAAGCACUAG